CGACCCCUACCGCCCCCAGCCCGCCGGCAGCAUGGCUGAGGAAAAGUCUGGCAAACCAUAUCUAGAAGAAAGUGCAUUUGAAGCAUUGGAAAAAGACUUCCAAGAAGUCAUCAAUCUACUUAAGGGAGAUAAAACUCUGGAAAAAUUCCGAAUAGAAUAUGAGAAGCUCCAUGCUGUUAUGAAGAAAUCUCAUGAAAAUGAAAAGCGCCUCAUGGAGAAAUGCAGGGAGCUGAACGCUGAGCUUGUGGUGAAUUCAUCUAAAGUAGCUGCUCUCACAAAGCUCUCUAAAGAUGAUCGGGGAACUAUAUCAUCAAUGAAGACGGAGAUUGAAAAGGCCUGGAAAAUGGUGGAUGCAGCCUAUGAAAAGGAACAGAAAGCAAAGGAAACAAUAAAUUCACUGCAAGAGGAAACUGCACGCCUAACUAAUUUACUGGAGCAAGGAUCUGGACCAUCCCCGGGACAGGAAUACAAUAUCCGGGAUUUGCUAAAACUUAAAGAAGACAUAACAAAGGAGCGAGACCAACUGUUGUCAGAGGUUGUGAAGCUGCGUCAAAGUCUAACUCAAGCCACAGAACAGCAGCAGGAUACAGAGAGGGCAAAAAACGAGGCAGAUCAAUCCAUUUUGCAGCUUCAGCAAGAAAUCCAGCUGCAUCAGAAUGAGGCAUCACGAGAGGCUCGAAAGAAGGAAAAAAUGGAGAAGGAGCUGAAAAAUCUUCUAGCUGAAAUGGGUAACAAGCGAGCUGAGAUCAAGAAUUUACAACAACAUAUACAGAGGAACAAAGAGGAACAACUGAAAAUGGAACAGCAUCUAAAAGAGCAGAAGAUCUUGAAUGAAAGAGCUGGUAAGGAACUUGAGCAAUGUCAGAUGAGAAAUAAUAAGCUCAUGCAAGAGAGCGAGCAGCACAGUGUGAUGUUUGAAGAGGUGAUGCAGGACAUCCAGCAGAAGACAGCGGAACUGAAAGCCAGAGAUGAUGAAGUGGCUCAGAUGCGCCUUGAAAUUUCAAAGCUGAACAAAGUAAGAGAUGUUCUCCAGAAUAAGCUGCGUGUUGCAGAGGAACAAAAAGUUGAUGCAGGACAUGAGAGAAACACCCUAAAAAAUCAAAUAUCUGGACUGGAGAGAGAGUUGGAGGCUGCCAAAAAGCAGGCGGAGAUUGACAAGAAAGCUAUAGAUGAGCUUGUGAGGGAAAGGGACAUGCUAAGCAAGAACUUGGUCAAGGCUACCAGUGCUACUCAGAAGCAGAUAAAUUUGGUGAAGCUCCAUGAACAGUCAAAGAAGAACUUGGAAGAAGAAAUCCAAAAUUAUAAGAAUGAAGCUCAGAAACAAAGGAAGAUUAUUUACCAAUUGGAGAAGGAGAGAGAUUGUUUCAUCAAUGAAACCAGUGAGCUCAAACAGAAGGUCCUCCAGCACCUGAAAGAUAUUGAAAUACGGGAAAUGCAGAUCUGUGACUAUGAGAAGAAAAUUGAAGAGUCUGCGAUUAAAUUAAAACAGCAACAAAACCGCUGUGAAGCUGUGAGAACAGAGAGGAACCUGUACAGUAAAAAACUGAUUGAAGCUAAGGAUGAGAUAGCAGAAAUGAAGAAGAAACUGAAAACUGUGACACAUCAGGUGGAUCAGCUGAAAGAAGAGAUCACAGACAAAGAAGCAGCCCUUGUGAAAGCACAUCUAGAACAUCAGCAAACAGAGAAGGAGAAGGAAUCAUUGAAAGCUGAACUGCUUAAGAUGAAAAAACAGGCUCUGGAAACCAAACACUUUAUAGAAAAUCAGGAGGCAGAAGAGAGAAGACUCCUAAAAAUCAUUGCUGAAGCUGAUGCUGAGAGGCUGAAGCAGAAGAAGGAAUUUGACCAGGUUAUCAAUGAGAGAGAUAUCCUAGGGUCCCAGCUUGUUCGGCGCAAUGAUGAAGUAGCUCUGCUCUAUGAAAAGAUAAAAAUCCAGCAGUCCAUCUUAAACAAGGGUGAAACCCAAUACCGACAGAGAAUGGAAGACAUCCGACUUCUCAAGCUCGAGAUCAAAAAACUUCGUCGUGAGAAGGGAAUACUUGGCAAGAGUGUGGCUAAUGUGGAGGAGCUCAGGCAGGAGGUUCAUCACAUGCGGAAGGAACUAUUAAGGGAACAGACUCGGUGCAAAGUUUUGGAAGAAGAACUGGAGAAUCCCUUGAAUGUUCACAGAUGGAGAAAAUUAGAGGCCAGUGACCCAAGUACCUAUGAGCUGAUUCAGAAAAUACAAAGACUACAGAAGCAGCUUAUCAGCAAGACAGGUGAAGUGAUAGAGAAAGAAUUGCUCCUUCAGGAAAAAGAGAAACUGUAUGUGGAAUUGAAGCAUGUCUUGGCCCGGCAGCCUGGGCCUGAAGCCGCAGAACAGUUACAGCUCUACCAGCACACUCUGCGAGAGAAGACUAAACAGCUGAAAGUUUUGUCCUCAGAAUUGAAUAUGUAUGAAUCGCAGAGCCAAGAAUACAAAUAUGAAAUUGAAAGACUUGCCAACGAGCUUCUAAAUGUGAAGAAGAAAUAUCUGGCUCAGAAACGCAAGGAACAACAGGCCAAGGAGAAGGAGCGAUUCUUGACUGACAUGGAGCCUGAGUUUCCACGCCACAGAUCUGAUGUUCCUCGCUUCACUGGAGGGGGCUUUGCUCUCAGCAGACCCCUUCCCAGAGUUACAGCUUAGGAAUGGACUCAUCACAUUCCUGUCCCCAGUUUCUUGCUAAACUCUGUUUGUGCUGGGUUGUUUGAGAACCUGUAAUUUUAAAAGAAAUUCAGAAUCAACUUUCCCUCUGAAAUCACUGUAUUGCCUUCAGGAAAAGGCAUUUUAUAGUAGAGUUAACGUAGUUUUGGUUUACAAACUGUGGACCAAAUCUGCCCAUAUGAUGCCAGCAGAAGCCUGCACUGGUGUAACUGAAUAGUGGAGAGCAUGCAGAUAUUUCUUCUUCAAUACUGUGUCUCUAUUUAGCACUGUAACACCACAAAAUGCCUUAAUAUAUAGUUAUUUCCCCUUUAUCUACCUCUGUUGUAAGCACUCACUCCAUUUAUCUUCUGACUCAAAGCACCUGAAAGAAAUGAGAAAACAGAAAAGAAGAAAAAUUAAUAGGCUGAUGUUUCAAGCCCUACUGAGCAAAUGCAAAAUUAAGGAGUCUUUACUUAGAUGUACACAUGUAGCAGUUCUUUGUGCAGGUAGUAUAUAAUAGGGUUUAUGCAGUGUUUGCUACAGUUGUUAGUAAGAUCAAGGAAGUUUGUGGCCACAAUGUACAUUAUUAAGAAUGCGAUUCUGUUUACUGUGGUAGACACAAAGUGACAUAAUUACGUCUGUUCAACUGGGGAGACUGUACACACUGACUGGGACAUGCCGUUCUCCCACAUAAAUCCUUCCAAGCGAUUCAAACUUGGACUCAAAACAUGGCAAACUUUACUCUUUAAUUUCUAGACACUUGGGCAUUUUUGUAACUUUCAGAAAUUGUUUUUGUAAUACAGCAGGAGCCCUCCAACCUUUUCAGCCAAAAGAGAUUUAAUUACCAUUCAUUAACAAGUGAAAUAACAAAGUCACGGCAUGAGGUGCUGAAGUAUAGAAAACUUUCAAGCUGUAAAAUAAAAUGUUUUGAAACUGAUUUGUACAUGGAAGCUUUUUCCCAGCCUGGGGGAUAAAAAUACUUGUCCAAAGAGAUAUGCUGAUAAAUAUUUCACAUGCACAAAAAAACCCUUUGCAAAGAUUUUGUUCUUUCCUUUGGUGGAAUACAUAAUUAAAUA